AUGUAUUGUUUAAGUGCUUCUAUUAUUUUAUUUAUUUCUGUUGCUCAGUGUAUGUCUACGGAGAAAAAUUACCCUCUAGCAACAACGACGCAAAAAACUGAAGAAGAAAGUCCCAAAAGCUUAUAUGAGAAAGGCCUGGAGGAUUACGACGAGGCGAGAUAUCGGCAAGCCAGAGGAAUGUCCAUGGCCAUGGAUGAUGAUGAUUACAGCGAGCAUGAUCAUGACCACGAUAAGCCCGAACAAAAAGCUGUUAAAGAAGACCCGUGGUCCAGCUACUACGACUUUAUCAUUAACGAGGGAUCUUUUAAGUUUUGGGCCGUUUUUCAGCUGGUAACUGCAGCCUUGUUGAUUUACUCCGCAUUUGCUGCCGUUUAUUACGCCAAAUUUAACGUAAUAACAAGCGAUUACGACUACGACUACGACUUCUUUGGCAGAUCCAAUAAUGACGCGGCUUCCAGUGGCAUGUGGUCCGGGCUGUCUUCGCAGACUUACCAAAGGAUAUUCGAUGCACUUUCUUCGAAAAAAUACUCUUAG